UGGGGGUAUUUCAACCAGACAUCGUUGACGUCGUCGCUGCUAGCGACUACGAUGUUGUCGAAGGUGUCACUCGAUGCGUACAAGUCCCCGAACGACCGACGGCUGUACAGAUUAACGACGUUGCCCAAUGGUCUUCAAGUGUUGCUGAUCCAGUGUCAGUCGUCGGACCAUUCGCACGUUCGAGGCACUAGCCAACCAUUCGACGACGACUCACAAGGCGAUCAUUCAUCGUCGGAGAAGGAGGACUUGAUGUACGCCCGCGACAGCGUCCAAGCAGCCGCAUGCCUGACGGUGGAGGUGGGCAGCUUCGCCGAUCCUCCCCAUUUACAAGGACUGGCGCAUUACAUGGAGCACAUGCUUUUCAUGGGUAACGUCGUCUAGACACUGCGAUGUUCUCUUUAGGGUUGUGUUUGAUAAGGAAGCGCAAAGUACCCCGAUGAAAACGCGUUCGAGUCGUACUUGAGUUUGCAUGGAGGGUACAGCAACGCCACGACAGACUGCGAAUCCACGGCGUUCGUGUUUGAAACCAACGCGUCUGGGUUUGAAGUCGCCUUGGACAUGUUUGCCCACUUCUUUGUCAGUCCGUUGCUCAAAAAGGACGCGAUGGAUCGAGAGUUGUGCGCCAUCGAUUCGGAAUUCCAGCUCGCGUCCCAGAACGACCACGUUCGCUUGCAGCAAGUGUUGUGCGUGUUGUCGCCUCCAACACACCCCUACCAUCGUUUCAGUUGGGGCAACCAACUAAGCCUUCGCGACUCCCCUGCCAAGGACAACGUCAAUGUCUACGAAGCCCUUCGGAACUUCUUCCGCCAGUACUACACGGCGAGCCACAUGAAACUCGUCGUGUGCUCCCCGCAUGACCUUGACGCGCUGGAACAAUGGACAGCGCGCUCGUUCGGUGCAGUGCCAAGUAGUGAGACAGCUGCCCCAUCGUACGAGCUUCAUGGUUCACCGUUCCAAGCCCUCCGCUCCCAACUCAUCAAGUUGAUUCCUCUGCAAGACAUGCAUGCAAUGCACAUGUACUUUUCGUUGCCCCCGCUCGUGGGUCUGUACAAGCAAAAGCCCGCCGAGUACAUUCGAUACAUCCUCAGCCACGAAUGCAACCAGUCGCUUCUUUCCACGCUGACUGACGCGGGGUGGGCUACCGCCAUUGUCGCAGGAAUCUCCGACACGGACGGCUACGAGUCGGGCUCGUACGGGUGCCAGUUUGAAGUUCAGCUGACGUUGACCAUCGAUGGGUUGGACCAUUGGGACGAGAUUGCCGCGCACGUGUUUGCGUACUUGAACAUGCUGAACCAAUGCCCCGACCUUCCCGAGUGGAUCUUUUCUGAAUUCAAAGCAUCGUCUGAACUAGCGUUUCGUUUCCCCGACGAAAUGGACCCGUUGGUAGCGUGCAAGGAGCUGUCUCAACGGAUGCAAGCCAGAUAUGCCAUGCCCCCGCAAGACUGGCUUCAGGCGACUGUCUUCCAAGGCGCGUUCCAACAACACCUGGUGAAAGACCUGCUGCCGUCGUUUUCAGCUCACAGUGUCCGGGUGGUGUUGGUGUCGCCAUCUUUCGACACUGAAAUUGACGGCGGCAUGACCCCUUGGAAAACGGAACCGUGGUUUGGAACGAGCUUUACAUGCGAUUUCAUCGACCCAGGCCUGGUAGAGUCGUGGCAUCAGUCACAUCACAGCAGCCAUUGGCCGUUGCCGAACCCGUACAUCCCCACAGAUAUCGGCUAUAUCGCGACCCCAGCCACCACUACUGCCGCUCCUUUCCAAGUUCGUCCCAACUUGUGGGUCCUCCCGGACUUGUCGUACCAUACCCCACGCAUCAAUGCAUGUUUCAACGUCGCACUGGCGUCUGUCCGUCGAUCGCUGGAAGCCCACGCGUGCGCACUGCUGUACUGCGAGGUCGCCAAUGACGCCUUGCGUGAGCUUAAGUACCUCGCGCAGUGCGCCGACAUGGAUUUUGACAUUGGCCUGCAAGAUGGGUCGGACUUGGAAGUCGUGUGUUAUGGGUAUGGUCAGCAUCUGAGUGCCAUCGUGUCUCAGAUCUUUCAAACCCUUGCCAGAGGAGACUUGGACCCAACUCGGUUUGAGGCCAUUCGACACGUGUUGGUGCAGAAUCUUCACAACAAGUGUCGGCACCCGACCGACAAAUCGCGGUAUUUGCGAUUGCUUGUGUUGGAAACCACGGCGCUGUUUGAACUGGAAGACAUUUGUGCCGCCGUGGAAGCGUUGACAUGCGACAGGCUCAUGUCGUUUGUCCGGGAUGAUAUGUGGGUUGGUGUGUGCUUCACUGGUUUUUUUCAUGGUAAUAUUGACGACGCAUCAGCGGACACUAUAUUCCGCUUGGCGGCGCACCCUCUUGAACGCCUCCACCCACUUUGUUCCCCGUCUUCGUGUACCCACCGGUCGGAAGUAUGGAUGCCACAAGCACUCGCGCUACCAUCGUCCCCCCUGGGGCGGGGCAUCUUGGUGCGGCAGCCCAGCGCCCACGUCGACGAAGUCAACACUUCGGUGGAGAUUUACUACCAACUCGGCAAGCGAGACGUCCGUUCCAACGUGUACGCCAACUUGAUUCAGUGCAUCAUGCAAGAGCCGCUGUACUCAAGCCUGCGCAGUCGCGACCAGUUGGGCUACGACCUGUCGUGCUGCGUCCGCCACACCCACGGUGUCCUCGGGUUUAGUGUGUCGCUCGUGUCCUCCGCCUACUCGGCCAGCCACCUCGCGAUGCGCGUGGACGCAUUUCUUCACGGAGAAUUCCCCGCCCACCUCGCAGGAUUAGACGACGACACGUUUGAGAGGCACGUCGCCGCCCGAAAAGCCGCGUGGACUGGCUCCCGUCCGUCCACUUUGAGGGCUGCGACGGCCGAGUUCUGGGCAGAAAUUACAUCCCAACGACUCGAGUUCCAUUCCAAAUCCUUGUUUCUAGACGAGUUGAACGACGUGACCAAGGACGAAUGCGUGAGGAGAUUCCACGACUGGUUUGUGAAUAAGCCCAAGAAAAUGCGGGUUCACGUCGUCGGACAGAGCCACCGCAGGACGCACGUUCCGUUCGAGUCGACCGUCCAAGAACACGUUGCCCCCUUUCUUGUGAACGACCUCCUUGGGUUCAAAAGCACUUUAAAUUAUUGGUAGAUAUAUAUUUCGAUAUUUCAAUUAGUACCGGUA